UGUAAAUGGACACUUGUAUGAUAUUCCUUGAAAUCCUCUGUGCAUUGAUGAUGGUUGAUGGUGCUGAAACCAGGAUGAUAAUUUCCAAAGCUCCUAGGAAGCACAUAGGAAUGUUGUACACAAUGUAGCAUGAGCUACACAAGAAUGCAAUAUGAUGAUAAUUUCCAAAGCUCUUUGAAAGCACAUUGGGACGUUGAAUCACACUAUAGCAUGAGCACAAGAAUGCAAUAUUAUCCAUGUUAUUUGUCUUCUUUCUCUUAUCAGACCAAGUCAUUACCAGGAGAGGCGAUGGAUCCCGAGUUUGAAGAUGGCGAGGCAGCUACCUCUAAGAUGCUUGGCAUGGAGUCUGUCACCCCUAUGGAAGGAGUGGUAGAGGCCAGUGUGCUAGAAUCAGAUGCCAGAGUGACGACCGACUCUGCGGACAUGCCUCAGUUCCAGAUGGCUACCGUCGAGAGGAUCGAUUUGUUCAGCGCCCCUGCAGUCUCCGAGGUGCACUCCCUCCACGCCCCUGGACCCCCACCUCAGGGCCAGGGCCAGAUGAAAAUCAUGUGUAUAGACGAAGACGACUUCCACUUCGAUACUGAACCGCCUGAAGACCAUGGGCCAUUCAAUGAACUUGAUCAGCUUCAGAAGAAGUCAGCACACAUGGCAGUAUUCAUACACUAUCUCAUAUCCAACAGUGACCCCUCAAGUCUGUUUUUCUACCUAGUAACAGAUUCAUAUGCCAAUGGUAAUUUGAGGGAUAUGAAGAAAUGGGUCUACGACAUCUUUUCAACUUUCUUGGGAAGUGCAGGGCCUCUAAGAAUACAGAUGGAAGAGAGUCUAGUGAACAAUAUAGAGCAUACCAUCAACACACAGCAGAACAAUGAAGAGGCAAUGAGGAAUGUCUUCAUUGCCGCUCGCAACGUUGCCAGGGAGGAGGUGGAUGACCUCCUAGCCGACUUCCGUCACACGAGGGCGCGCGGUCCGGGUUCCAUCUUCGGAGACCAGUACCUGACCAACGAGGACAUGCCAAAGAGCCAGGAGCUGAAGAUUGUGGAAUCGACACUACUACCCCAUCUUGACAGGCUUACUUCAUCUGAAGUAGAGAAGGAGCCUAAGAACCAGGCCCUUGCUGCAUCACUCAACACCUUCAUGAAGCAAGCCGGUGUGAAGAACCAGACUGGUAGUGCUCUAGAGAGGGCCCCUAGCUUCAUCAACAAGGACAGGAGAGGGCCCCUCAAGUUCCCCCACUCUACCAAAAAGCAGUCGGUGAAAGGCCAUGUAUUUCAAAAGAACCAGUAUUUAAACACCACCUUCUGCAACCAGUGUCAUGGUUUACUAUGGGGCAUUGGCUACCAAGGCCUUCAGUGUACUCAUUGUGAAUUUAAUGUACACAAACAAGGUCCCUGUCUGGAGCAAAUUACCUCGGAAUGCCCGGGCAAGAAGAAAAAAAGGGACAAGGAACACAGAAAAACAAAAAGUAAUUUCCCUGCUAACAUUGCCAUCGGCCAAGGUAAAGAUGAUUCCAAGGCGAUUCCUACCCCUCUCAGUUCGCCCAUUACUAACGUCAUUCACAUGCAAGGAGACAAUGAAGAACUAAUUCAAGUCGCCAAGAACAUUGACGUCUCCAACAUUGUGGACCAGUUCGAGAAGAAGGACAACCUGCCCAACUCGUCUCUGGACAGCACGGUCCUGUCGCCCUCGUCUCUGGACAGCCAGUCCCAGGGUGAUGACCACAGGGGGGCAAGCAAACAGCCCAAACAGAAGAGGAACAUCAUCAAAAGAUCGGCUAGUCUCAAGUCUGAGGUUGGUCCAGCUUUCUGCAUGCCAUUGUUUUGGUUACAUGUCCUCUGUUAA